AUGUACAGAAUAGAUGUUUCAGAUUUUUAUGACUUCCAAGCAUUCAGAAAUAUGUGUCCAUUUAGAGACUAUAACAAAGCAGUCGAGAAUUUGAAACGUUUAGUCAUUUAUGUCGACUCUGCCCCAGAAUGUUAUGUCAUGAAAGAAUGGGAUGUUGUCUUUAACAAACCAAGAGCAACAAUAGUUUCAGAACAAGAAUGUAGACAGAAACUUAAGAAAAUAAAAGUCGUACAAGUUGGUAUGAAGAUGUUAGAUGCUUGGGAUAUCUUAUUGUCAAAGUUAGAAGAUUUUUCAGUUCGUGGUAUAAAGUUCUAUACACCUUCUCCAAACUUCUAUUCUAUCUUCACUGGAUAUAAAUACGAACAAGUAGAAUGGAAAGAAAAUAUUAUAGAAGCUUGGUUAGACCAUGUCAAAGAAAUUAUAUGCAAUGGAAACGAAAGAGUCUAUGAGUAUAUCUUAUGUUGGUUUGCAAAUAUCUUACAAUAUCCAAGUGCUAAAAAUGAAACUGCUCUCAUUAUAAUUGGAAAACAAGGAACAGGUAAGAACACUUUCUUUACAGAUAUCUUAUGCAAACUGUUAGAGGGCUAUUCGAACCCGAAUAUGACAAACUUAGAAAACAUCUGCGGUAAAUUUAACUCUUCAAUAGAGAAUAUGA